AUGGAGACAGAGAUCCUCCAAGCCCUCACUAAAUACAAAGAUUGUGUGACGAAACAUAAUCACUCCGCCGUCAAAAGGCUGGUCGAAUAUGCCGCGACAGAAGAGUAUCUGCCAGAAUAUCUCGAAGAAUAUCCCGAAGAUGAACGUGCAGAGCAUAUAGAAGAAACCGAUGGAGAAAUCGCAGAACUCCGUCUUGACUGGACACUUCGAAAACUCGGAGGAAGAGGGAGCGAGCUAAUCACUCGGCCCGAGGAUGUUCUCACGCGCUGGGACGUGUACUCCAAGCGGAGCGGACUUAAUGGGGCUGCGUUCGAUGACCGAGACUUGGAGAAGAGGUCGGAGCUGAUGAACGACUAUAUUCGUGGGCUUCGCGACGGUUUGCAGGCCCUAGGCGGCGAGGCUGCCGCUUUGGACCUUCCUAGGGACUUUAUUGUUCUUCUCGCCCAUGCAGAUACACUAGAGGGGCAUAAAUGGUACGAGGAGAAAGAACAAGGCCGCCAAGUUGUGUUCUUUACCGGUUUUCUUGACUUUGAUCAAGCUAAGAAAGCUGUACUUUCCGAUGACGGGUUGAAGAGGAAUAAUGCCUAUCUAGGCGGCCGUUACCCCGACUUUGAGCAUGUGGUAGCUGGUUGGAAAUGCGGAUCUGCACCUGAAGGUUGCUGUCACAUUAUAUAUGGCCGCCAAAAACUCGAAGAUGAGGCCGGCUGGUUCUAUCACAUCAAUAAGGGACAGUUCGGGACGGAAAUGUUCAGUAGUGUUGUCGACUUACUCAAAUGGUAUCAAGAGUACAACGUCCCGGAUGACGGAGUGGUGGAGGAAGCUUGUUCUAUGUUGUGGUGGUAG